AUGGGCACAAAAUUUGUAGGGUGUGAAGACUCUUGGGAUUUCGUGCUUCCUGCGUUGACCUAUGCUUCGGAAACCUGGGGAUUUCGCAAGCAGGAAGAAAACGCGGUCUUCUUCAAAUUACUCACAUUCCAGAUGGUCACUACGGCACAUUCAGAAAAUUCAGUAGGAAACAUAGGGAGAGAGUUGACUCAAACACAAGUUCUCGCUUAUGCGAAUGCCCUCCUCGAAUAUGGCUUGUACGUCGUGUAUCAAUCAUCUCCAUUAGUGUUGGGUUCUACUAUUGUUCCAUCACCAGACCAGAAUUUUCCAACCUCUUCGACGAGCAACAUAUGUGUUAGUCCACUUCAAAUGAUCAGAGCAUGGGCACUUCUCUCUCUUGUUGCAGUUGGAAAGACAAAAAAAGCUGCUGAUAAAUUCCUUCGCUGCAUUACUUCCAAUCUGGUUACUAAAAAUGAGUCAAUCCAUGAAGUUCUCUAUACACUUCAAAGGCCAUUCGUUGAUUGUCCCCAGUGCAUUCGGCUUUUUAGCGAACAUCAACCUGCUGUCCCCAUCAAUCGAGAUAUUCUAAAGGUAGCUGAAAAAUACUACGGCACAGACAAAUCGCCUCCUUUUACUGAACUGAGUUUCGCUGGAGAUGAUGACGGUAUGGCUUCAACUGCCAGAAUAAAUUUAGAAGCAGAGAAAAGCAGUGGAAGGCACCUUAAUUUUGUGGUUCGCGAAGAGAACGGACCAAACAGAAGAGCACAAAUGGUUCUUGUAUCUGCAAUUGACUGCACAUUUUAUUGGAAGUUCGAUGGGAAACAAGGACCACUUACAAGAUGCCCAUUUUACUUGUCUUCUUCUAAAGAUGCUGAAGGUGUAAGCUAUGUGGAUGUUUGGCCGUGUGAAGGACAGUUCCGAUUUUCGAACAAUGGAGACGAACCGUUGCUGGAGUUGGAGUCUCAUGUUGACGGUUUCAAGCUGUACUUGUACAGGUGUAACCUAAAAGAACUCACAGCCAUAUCGUUCUUCCAAGCUAUUGAUUCAUUGCCAAGCACCAAAUCGAACAUGAAGAUUUGUGUGCCGAGAUUAUUCGUGAUGUUUCCUCUGAGAUUGUCCGAAUGCACCAACACUAAGCACAAGUUUGGUCUUCCUCGAAUUUUCGAUCGCGAAAAGUCUGAUCUUUCUGGAAUAUUCUAUCGUAGUCACUCGUUUUAUCCAUAUUUCGUCACCUUAUGGGAACAUUAUCACAAAGCAAAAUUCAAGGUGUAUCCUGGGAAGCCGAAGCCUGUUGACAAUAAUGUUAAGCAGAAGGGAUUCGCGAAGAUAGGCGUUGCUGUUGAAGAACGAUUAAUCAGAAGAAAACGUCAUCACUUCAUUGGCGAGAGUAGUUCUGACAAUGCACGUUUUCACAAAUACUUUGAAUAUGAAGAGGAGAAAGAACUACUCAAUGAUAAUAAAACUAAACAGAAUACUCCUCCGGACGACUCGUAUAUGAAGUUUGAUACGCCAUUCUUCUUCAUGGUUGUUAAAGAAGGAACGUUCGGUAGAAUGGUUCAUUGCGUCGGUCGAUUUAACAAUGUAACUGCAACAGAUCCCUUUGGUGUCUCGAUUGUUUGA